CCUACAUAGCCUCAUUCUAGGUUCUGGUGUGCUUCGAGAUACACGAUCUACAGUUUUUCUGCUUUUUAAUAAUAAUAAUUUUAUUUCGGUUUUUAAUAUAAGAGUUUACGAAUAUUUUGUUUUUUAAAAUUUUUUUUUUGUGCAAUUGAAAUUUGUUGCUGAUCACACGACCUACAGCUUUUUUUUUUUAUUUUAUUAUUCGGUUUUAUAUUUCGGUUUUUAUUAUUAGAGUUUAACAAAAUUUAACUUUUUAAAAUUAAUUUUUGGUGUAAUUAAAAUUUGUUGCUGGUUUGGAGAAUUUCAGAACAUUCAUAAGAUGUCUCACGAUAGUAUCACAUCGCUGGAGAAUGUAGAGCACCUGGCGCCCGAGAACGCCGGGAGGACCUUGGAGGAGAUUCGCGAGUCGAUGCAGCCCAUGAACGAUUACAUGAAGAAGCGUAUUGUCCGUGAAGGGGACCUCAACUAUGGAUGCAUUCCGCCUGGAAUCAAGCUUAAGGUAAUGUUCUGUGGAUAUUUUGACAGCAGCCGGCCGAAUGUCGGAACAGGAUUCGAAUUGAACUUAUUAUCUGGCGAGGAGGGAGUUUUCAAGAGCGUGACUGAAGCGAUACUAUCGAUGAGACCCUAUGAAUGUUCCGAGUUCUCCGUAGCCCGUGAGGCGCUAUAUUUACAACAGGCUGAUCUGGAGGAGAAUCUGGUCGAUGGCAUCUUUUCUCUCGAUAUCCUGGAGGUGGAGGACCUCACCCUGGUACCGAUUGCCCAUCCUGUUACCGAGUUCAGUAGCAUCUGCGACAGGGUGGAGGAUAUGCGUCGCCAGGUCGUGGAUGCGAUAAAUCGUAAUUUCUUUCAUGAGUCGUUGCGCCUGUGCGAGCAGGCUACUUCGCUGCUGAGGAACUUCCAGACCGAUCGCGCCGAGGAGCAGGAGAAGCGCUUCAACGGUCUGGUUACCUUCUCGGAGCUGCUACUGCAAUGCUACGACAAGAAGCGCAACUACUGGCGUGUUGCGUACACCAUACGGGAGCUACGCCGUAUUACCAACCAGCCGCCAUCUUGUGUGGCCCUCGUCCAGGAGGCGAGGCAGCACGAAGAGAUCGGGGAGCUGUACCUGGCCCGCGAGACCUUCUUGGAGGCACUUCGCGCAAGUCCGUCGAACUAUGUCAUUCAUGAGCUGAUUUCUGGGAUAAAUGCCAGAAUCAUGGCGGAGGAGCAGGCUUCCCAGGACACUACGGAUGGCGGUCGUUCGGAGGCAGGGCCGGUCACAGUACCGAUAGAAAAUGGACAGGACUCCCAUAAUAAUGGCGCCGAAGGAUCCACAGCCCCUUAAAAUGGCUAGCAACGUUUAGAAACAGGCACACCUCAUUAUUCCACCCAUACAACGUAUUUUCGAGCGUAGGACUCAACCACAUGCUUUAUUUUGGAUAAAAAAUCUUUGAAAUUCUUUUAAAUUCUAAAAAAAAAAAAACAGCCCUCUUUCGGUUUAAUUUAAGGAAAAAACACUAAAUUAUGUACCUCUGUCACUAUUUGUAUCCACAAACUGUGUUCUGUGUAGAUUAGUCUGCCUGGAGGCUUAAAAAUUACAUGUUAUGUAAUCAAAAUACGUUUAUGGGUUAAAAUAAAAUUUAUUUUCAAAAGUA